AUGAUUGAUAUUAGUUAUAAUAUUCUUAUGAUGUCAACAUUUGUUAGUUUAUGUUCAUCGUCAUCAUCAUCAUCAUCAUAUAAAAAAUUAUAUAAAAGUAAACCAAAUUAUGGGAUCAUUAAUAAUCAAUAUAUCAAUGUGAAAUCAAUUUCAAUAGAAAAAUUAAAAAAUUAUUUUUAUCGAUUAGAUCAAUUACCAUUUAUUGAUGAAAUGUAUCAAAAUGAUCAAUAUCCAAAUAUAUAUGCAUCAUUUGAUGAAUUCAGUAUCAAUGGUAUGGAUAAUCAAAAGAAUUUUAUUAAAAAUCAAUCAUCUUCACAUAAAACUUCUGAACGGACAGAGAGUGAAGUGAAACCUUUAUUACUAGGCGAAAAUGAUUUCCGCAUUUGUCUUCGUGAGAGCUUUCCAAACGUCAAAACUCGCCGUUUAUCACGUGCUCAUUGGUCGUUAUUACGUCGUUUGAUGGGAAAGCCACGUCGUUGUUCUACAGCUUUCUUUGACGAAGAACGUCGUUCCCUUAAUGAAAAGCGUGAAAAAAUCCGCACCUUGCAAGCUACUCGGUCAGUGCAACUAGAGUUCUUAAGAGAUCUGCCGGACGAUAUGCACGUUCCAAUGCCAUUAAUAAUAGGGACGAAGAUAACCGCUAGGGUUCGCUACCCAACGGAUGGUUUGUACACUGGGAAAGUUGAUGCUAUCGAUGCAUUAAGACAUUGCUAUCGUGUCACUUUCGAUAAACCUGCUCUUGGCACUCGGUCAAUACCUGACUAUGAAGUCCUGAGUAUUUUACCCCAAGAAACUAUACCUUUGUCUGCAUACAAAACCCAGCACAAAGCCAGUCGUAAUCUUUUCAUGAGUCCCGCUCGACUUCUGGCACAAUCUGCUUUACAGGGCAAACGUCAUCAUAUGCAUCACCAUAAAUUCGGACAUGGAAUAGGACAAGGUGGUGGUGGGUCCGGUGAUUUAGCUGUUCAUGACUGCCCUUUAUGUCAGUCGGAAGCUGCAGCUGCAGCUAGUGGUGGAACUAUUGGUGGUAGUCCGUCGACGAGAACUCCAAACUUCAUGACCACCACCUCUACCACUAAUAAUAAUAAUCUCUUGUCAACCCCGUUAAAACUCCCUGCAAUUAGCAGCGGUGACGUUGCUGCAUCAAUGGGCAGUGCUGCACUAUCUUUGAAUGAAUCUUCAGGUGGUCGCUUACUUCUCAAUGAGGCCGAUAUAUAUGGAGGGUAUCCAAUGAAAUUUUUAGUCAUGGUGACAAAAUUAUCUAAAAUUCUAGAAGUUAAGAAACGAUGUGUUGAUGAAUUACAAGAUUUAAAUGAUGAAGCAGAACGAAAAAUAUCUAAUAAAGCUGAAUUAUCGUUAGAAUUUCAACAUACAUAUCUCACUUUGGUUAUGCAUUUAGAACGUUUAAAUAAAGAAUUAAACCAAUAUUUAGUACAUGUAUUACAAUAUGCAAAUGAAAUUGCUCAAGAACAUGGCGUAGCACCGUUAGAACAAGCAGCUGAUUUCAAACAGCGUUGUGAUGAAGAUGCCUACGAAAUCGUUACACGAAUAAAGAGUAUGCAGGCUCAAAAAUUCCGAAAUUUGAAAACAGUUGAUCUGAUUACAAAACUUGUCAGUUUACUUGUACAAAUUCGUUCAUUAAGUGAACAUGAAGAAUCUACAUAUGAUUGUUCUAGUAUACAAGAAUCUUUACAUGAAUUAAAAUCAAGUAUUCAUUCUAGUAAUGUUCAUGUAUUUGAAAAUAGUGUGGAAAUCUCUAUCCAUCACACAUUAAGCGGUCUUUGUACAUUAAGUAAUUUAAAUUCAUUUUUAUAUACACAUCCUAAUCAUUUUCAUUAUUUAUAA